UUGUCCGCCGUCGCUCACUCGCAGCACGCAAUUGCCUCCAGCCUGCGCGCGUCUGUCGCCAUUGAGAGCCCGUUCGACCUCUGCCUCGCUCGUCCGCUCGGAGUCCGGCCUGCCGCGUCCCCUGCAGACGCCCCUGGAUUGCCUGCCUCGCCGCCUCGCGCCCUUCGCGACCGCAACCACCCACCGUCCGGCAGCCACAGCGUGCUAUGGCCGAUAUGAAUCAAGAAUCUAUCCAGCAGAAGAUUCAGAUCGCGCGGCGCGAUGCCGAGGCCCUCAAGGACAGGAUAAAAAGGAAGAAGGACGAGCUUGCUGACACAACCCUUCGCGAUGUCGCAAGAGACCGCGUCGAGGCCCUGCCGCGCCUCACCAUGAAGACGAAGCGCACCCUCAAGGGCCAUCUCGCCAAGAUCUACGCCAUGCACUGGUCGACCGACCGCAGACAUCUCGUCUCCGCCUCGCAAGACGGCAAGCUCAUCAUCUGGGAUGCCUACACUACAAACAAAGUCCACGCCAUCCCCCUGCGAUCAUCGUGGGUUAUGACGUGCGCGUACUCGCCCUCGGGCAACUACGUCGCAUGCGGCGGUCUCGACAACAUCUGCUCCAUCUACAACUUGUCAGCGCGAGAAGGCCCCACGCGCGUCGCACGAGAGCUAUCUGGCCACUCCGGCUACCUCAGUUGCUGUAGAUUCAUCAGCGAUAAGCGCAUCCUCACCUCGUCAGGCGACAUGACUUGCGUGCUCUGGGACCUGGAAACUGGCUCCAAGGUGCACGAGUUUGCUGACCAUCUUGGCGAUGUAAUGAGUUUGAGCAUCAACCCGCUCGACCACAACCAGUUCGUGUCUGGUGCCUGCGACGCCUUUGCUAAGCUGUGGGACAUUCGCCAGCAAAAGUGCGUGCAGACCUUUGCCGCCCACGACUCGGACAUCAACGCCAUCCAGUUUUUCCCCAACGGAAAUGCCUUUGGGACUGGGUCAGACGAUGCAUCUUGCCGUCUUUUCGACAUCCGCGCCGAUCGCGAGCUCGCCUCGUAUCAGAUCCCCGAGCCCGUUUGCGGCAUUACAUCUGUCGCUUUCUCCGUCUCUGGUCGACUGCUGUUUGCUGGUUAUGACGACUUUGAGUGCAAGGUCUGGGAUGUUUUGCGCGGAGAGCGUGUAGGCACAUUGCAAGGCCACGACAACCGAGUCAGCUGUCUCGGUGUAAGUAAUGACGCGCUCAGUCUUUGCACAGGUUCAUGGGACUCCAUGCUACGUAUCUGGGCAUAAGCGAGGACCCUUGUAACAACAUGCGACGCCAUGUGACGAUGCGAAUAUGGACAACGACCGUGUGCGCACUUAUCUAAUUUCUGGUCCCACCACAACAUCAUCUCUCCCGAGCUCGUCUGUCUUACCAUACCCACCUGCAUACCACUUCCGCCGGGGGAGCUCCGUACACGGUACACGGUACACGGUACACCGAGGCCUUGCACCAGCAUAAUACACCAACCUUGGGCAACGAUGCAUUUGUUUGCAUCAUAUAGGUGGACAGGCGCCUGGGACUUAUUGCUCAAGUUCUUUUCCUUACAUACCACUAGUGCUCUUUUACCCUUCUUGUUCGGCAACCGCGAGCCUUUUGUUCUCGUCUUCUAUGUCUAAGCUCGGGUCGGCUGUUCUGCGUAACACGAUACGACAAGUGCCUGUUUAACAAAUCAUACCAAAGACAUCAAAUCA